GCCACUGCCACCCCCCCCCUCCCCGCCGCGGGCCAUGGCCGACGCACCGCCAUCGCCCAAGGCCAUCCUCCGCGGCCACAAGGCCCAGAUCCACGCCGCCGCCUUCCUCAGGGAUAAUGAGCGCCUCGCGACCGGCGACGCCGAGGGCCAUGUCGUCAUCUGGGACCUGUCCAUCAUGCGGCCUGCCGCGUCCUGGCGCGCCCACGAGAACGCCAUCCUGGGGCUCGAGGGCUGGGGACGGGGCAAGUUGAUCACGUACGUACGAUCCCCCGCCGAGGUCGACCGGCCGGGGCCUUGUGGAGCUACACGGCCUCUGCGCAAGUCACCCGGAUGAGUGUAUCACGGCUGACUCUUCAAAACACAAUGUGGGAAAAGACACGGACGGGACCACAAGCUCAUCGUGUGGAAACUCGCGGCCGAGGAUGAAGCCGCCCUCGGCAAGGCCCUGCCCGUCGAGAGCGUCCCCACGCCGCGCCCGAACCCCUGGAUGUUGCACCUCAUCGAGGUCAACACGCUCAACUUUUGCUCCUUCGCCGCGUGUGCGAGCCACGAGGGCACAGCCAGCUCUUCUCCUGCUUCUCCUCCUCCUCCUCCUCCCCGUGACCUCGGCGCCUCGCCGUCCGACAUCCUCAUCGCCGUGCCCAACACGCUCCUGUCCGAGGCCAUUGACAUCUUCGCGCUACCCGGCCAGACGCGCGUGCACACCGUCAAGCCCGGCGCCCAGAACGGCAUGGCCAUGUGCCUGCGGCUGCUCCACCUCGGCGGGCGCCUCACCCUCCUCGCCGCCUUCGAGAACGGGUUCGCCUCUGUGCACCGGCUGGACGCCGCCUCGGGCGCGUGGUAUACCACGUACCGCUCGCAGGCGCACUCGCAGCCCGUCCUGGCCCUCGACCUGCACCCCAGCCUCGACUUCUUCCUCACCUCGUCCGCCGAUGCCGUCAUCGCAAAGCAUCCCAUCCCCACCAGCCAGCAACCCCUCACAGAGGCCCCCGUAGACGAUUCCGACGCGGAUGAGGAAAUCGUCCGCGACACAGAAGCCGCGCCGUCCCUCCUCUCCAAGGCGUUCAACGCCAACCCCUCGCAGCCUCCUCGGGCAACACCGCAAAAGGUGCAGCCGUGGGCUCACCCGCUCAAGACGGUCAACACCAGGCACGCGGGCCAGCAGAGCCUACGGAUCCGCUCCGACGGCAAGAUCUUCGCGACGGCCGGCUGGGAUGCCAACGUGCGCGUCUACUCGUGCAAGACCCUCAGGGAGCUCGCCGUGCUGCAGUGGCACAAGGUGGGCGCCUACGCCGUCGCCUUUGCCGACGUCGGACAAGAGCAUGCCGAGCGACCGCCUCCGACCGAGGCCACCGCUCAGCAGCACGCUAUAGCUUCGUCAACGACGACGACGACGACGACUACGACGACGGACACUGUCGCCGCAAGCACCAGCAGGAGCAGCAGUAGUGGAGCUGGGAGCGCGCUCCUUGGCGUCAAGGAACGUCGCAUCAGGCAAGCCCGAGAGGCGCACUGGAUCGCUGCCGGCGCCAAGGAUGGGAAAGUCAGCCUUUGGGAUGUGUACUGACCAGCGGGUAAAUGCAUGGUCAUCAUCAUUUUACCCUCCCGACAUUUCGUGGCUUCAGACCAAAGAGUCCGAGAUAAGGCCAGGCCUUUGGUGCAAAGCCAGUCUUACACACCAUACCCUUGGCUUGCAAGAUAGGCCCUUGCCAGGUAUGGUAGCGGAGCCCAGGCUGUCAGCACUGAGAUGCUCCUGACAAUGGUUUGAGCAACGAAGAUUUGCAAGUCUCACGCAUUCACCCGCCAAGGGUCGCGCACGAGCAAUAAAUGCCCUCAUAUUAGUGCCUGCGCGUUGGCAGCGACAUCAACGGGUGUUACUACAACCAUGCUUCACUGCAGGUACAAUCUCUGUUUUUCAUACCCUUCAGCCAG